GAAGAGGUGGUGCCGGCGAAGUAUGCGCUGGAGCUGCUUCCGGCGGAGGUGUGGUGGCACGUGUUGCAGCAGUUGGAGUUCGGACCGCUGGCGGACGUCGUGUGCCGCACCUUUUGCGCCCUCGCCCUGGGCAGCGAGACUGCGCUAGAGGCGAACACCGGAGCCGUGGCCAGCACGGCACCGCCGCCCUUUGCGCCCCUGCGCACUGCCGCCAUCGCCCACCAAUGGCGCCUCCUGUCUCGCCAGCGCUGGCAGCAGCCUGUGCGCAACGUUGGCCCCUUGGGUCCAUCGCCCCUCAUCCAAAUCAGCACCGGCAUCAUCGGCGAGGCGCUGCUGGCGUCGUACCUGGAGCAGGUGGCGCUCGAGCACGACCUGCUGGUUCCCUCGGCCGCAGCGACAUCGGGAACCGGUGGCCUGACGCUCAAUCACAAGAUACCACCACGCGCGCUCUACGGUCUCGGCUCGCACUUCAGGGAGUCAGAUCCCGGCCGGUCCGAUCAGUUGGUGGUGGCCCGCGCUGUCUUCGCCGAUCUGGAGAACCAGGGCUGGGGAACCUCGAAGCAUCCCUCCAGUGUUCUGUUCGACCGGUCAAACUGCUUCCACACGACCGACAAAACACUAUACGGCUGCUGGUCGCAAGGCCACUACUUGGAGGGCGCCGAGUCCCUCGACGACGUGCUGGACCUGGUCAGGCGGGAGGCCGAGCGCGCCGACACGCUCCAAGCCUUCCAGCUCUUCCACGACGUUGCAGGUGCCUGUGGCGGCGGAUUCACGACCUUGCUCCUGUCUCGCCUGCAAGAGGAAUACCCCAACACUCUGCUGUCGACGCUGUCCGUGAUCCCCGCUCCCGAUAUGCCGCACGCUCUUGACCCCUAUAACAUCCGCGUCCGCGGCCUCUGCGGGCCUUCGACCAAGCCGAUCGACCUCAUCGCCCGCGCUUUCGCCGGCGUCACGCACCCUCUGCGAUUCCCCACGCGCCAGGGCAACUACGCCCCAAGCUCUCUGCGCAGCCUCGCCCACACGCUGGUGCCCUAUCCGCAGCUCCACUUCCUCUCGCUCAACCACCAUUCCUUCGGGCGGUGGCACCCGCGACCGAGCCCGUCAUUCGGUAGCCGUGAGGCUGACGUGGCGGGAACGACUGCUGUGACGGCCACGACCACGGGCGAGAAAGGCAGUCGCCUGCCGCGAGGCAGCUGCACGCUCGUCUCCAAUUCGACCAGCGUGCGACACUCCCUGGAGACAUCGUACAAGAUCUUCAACGCCAUGUUCAGGCGCAAAGUCUACCUGUACUAUGAGCGUGGGUGCGAGGAGAUGGAGUACGCCGAAGCCAGCUCAAGGGUGCGUGACUUGGCAGUUCGCUACCAGCAGGAGGCGGCCGAGUACGACAGUGGAAGCUUUGGUUGA